GCCUGUCUCGGAUAAAUACUUGAUCCAUACCGAGCCGAGGUCCGGGGUAUGGGAUUGCCAUGCUGGUCGGCCGGAUGGAGAGCGUGACCGUCGCAAUCAAUCAGUCGCGAGCUUCCUUUUUUCUUUUCUUAAUUCCCCCUUUGCUUUUAAUCCGUGUACGCAGCUUUUUUUGUAAACUAUCCCAUCUAUAACUAACUGCUUUUUCUCCCCCCCCUCUUUCCAAAGUCGCCGCUUCUUGCUUCUCCUGCUACAGCGCUCAAGAAGACACGACUCCUCCCCGCUCCCUUCUCCCCACUUCUUAUUCUCCCCGCUCAUCCGCGCCAGCCACCACCAUGACCGCUUCUCCGUCCGCCGCUGAAUCAAUUCCAGAGGAAGUCAGAGUUCCGGAGCCCAAGCCCGUUAACCAGACGAUUGCUCAGAUCCGCUCGCUUGCUGCUGGUGCUGCCGGUGGUGUGUGCGCCGUUGUUGUCGGACAUCCUUUCGAUCUGGUGAAGGUGCGCCUUCAGACCGCAGAGAAGGGCGUUUACUCUGGUGCUAUCGAUGUUGUGAAGAGGACUGUGGCCCGGGAGGGUCUCGCUCGAGGACUGUAUGCAGGUGUCUCUGCUCCCCUGGUGGGAGUCACACCAAUGUUCGCUGUCAGUUUCUGGGGUUAUGAUGUGGGUAAAACGCUCGUCGGCAAAAUGUCCGAAGUUCGCGUAGAGAACAACACCCCUCAAUACACCAUUGGCCAGAUUUCAGCUGCUGGUUUCUUCUCUGCCAUUCCCAUGACCUUGAUCACGGCACCCUUCGAGCGCGUCAAGGUGCUCCUUCAGAUCCAGGGUCAGAACCCCCCGCCUCCCGGCCAGAAGCCCAAGUACUCCGGCGGUCUGGAUGUGGUCCGGCAGCUAUACCAGGAAGGUGGUAUUCGCAGUGUGUUCCGUGGUAGUGCAAUGACCCUUGCUCGUGACGGCCCUGGUUCUGCUGCGUACUUCGCCGCCUACGAGUACAUCAAGCGCACUUUGACUCCCAAGGAUGCGGAAGGAAAUGUCACUGGCCAGUUAUCCAUGCCAGCCGUCCUGGCUGCCGGUGGUGCUGCUGGUAUUGCCAUGUGGAUCCCUGUCUUCCCUGUCGAUACCAUCAAGUCUCGUCUGCAGAGCGCGCCUGGUCGUCCGACGAUCGGCGGCACAAUUCGCACCGUCUAUGCCAACGGUGGCUUCAAGGCUUUCUUCCCUGGAUUCGGACCUGCUUUGGCAAGAGCCGUUCCUGCCAAUGCUGCUACUUUUGCGGGUGUUGAGCUGGCUCAUCAGUUCAUGACAAAGCUCUUCGACUAGACGGAUGCCUUGCGCGCUGCAGGUACGGUGGUGUAAGUCUAUCGGUUAUUUGAUAUUGUGGCG